CGAUAAGCCUGAGGCCGAGUGAUGACGUGACGCACGUUUCCGUAUUUCACGCUACUCCGGGCGGUGAAGGUCCUCUGUCCAAUCGUCAAGAAGCCCUGUGGUAAUACCGUAAUGUGGACUUACCGCCGGCACAUCAAUUCUCCGACCGCCUUCAAAAUUGACAAAAUUAUAGAAAAUCCGAAUGUCCGUCGGUCUCGCCGCGUCUUUUCAGAUCGAACAAUCGGCUGCGGGGCUCAGGAAUCAUGCGUCGCGGGGGAAGACCGACGUUGAGGCAAGGCCUGGAUCGGGAGGUCUACCAGAUCGUGCGCAAAAUCAUUGACGAUCAAUCCGAAAAAAAUGAACAAAUUCGUCUCUCGUCGUCCGCGAUCUACGAUACCAUCAAGCGCUCCAACUCGAGCCUGAACAGGAAACCCAAACGCAUGCUGGAAGACAGCAUCGAGCGGGUGGUCGAAGUUGUCAAAACCGACGAGCUUGGGCAGGAUGACGAGGACUCCGUAGAGGGCGACUUUGAGGGAUUGGAGGAACCGGUUCCAGUUCCGGAGUCCAACAGUCUCAAUAAAAGUAUGGUGGGCAUGUGGAAUACGACAUCGAAACAGCCGAAACCUACCGAGCCCAAAAAUUCCGAGUCGGCCCCUCCGGCGACUACUUCUUCCAGUAAACGACGACAACAUGGGGGAGAAUCUACCUCUUCCAAGCGCCGCAAGGCUGAGAGCGCGGUCGACCGAUCACCCCCCACCCAUGUGAGUCUGUCGGAUCUGGGUGGCCUCGACGACGUGGUCCAGGACCUUGGAGAUCUUGUUAUUCUUCCCAUGACCCGCCCUCAAGUCUACAUGUCAUCGAAUGUGCAACCCCCGCGCGGUGUCCUGUUGCAUGGUCCGCCAGGAUGCGGAAAAACCAUGAUCGCAAAUGCCUUUGCGGCAGAACUGGGGGUGCCUUUUAUCGCCAUCUCGGCCCCGUCGAUUGUCUCCGGAAUGUCGGGAGAGUCCGAGAAGGCUUUACGGGAGCACUUCGAGGAGGCCAAGAAAAUAGCCCCUUGUCUAAUUUUCAUCGAUGAGAUCGACGCCAUUACGCCUAAACGAGAAAGCGCACAGAGGGAGAUGGAGAAGAGAAUUGUCGCCCAGCUUUUGACAUGCAUGGAUGACCUCGCUCUGGAGAAGACGGAUGGCAAGCCGGUUAUCGUUCUUGCUGCUACCAAUCGGCCCGAUAGCUUGGAUGCCGCUUUGCGUCGAGGAGGCCGCUUUGACAAGGAAAUCAACAUGACCGUGCCGUCGGAGCCGGUGAGAGAACAGAUCCUCCGAGCCCUCACGCGCAAGAUGCGCCUUGCCGAUGACCUGGACUUCAAGACCCUGGCGAAGAGAACCCCAGGGUUUGUGGGUGCGGACCUGAACGACCUGGUUUCCACGGCUGGCUCUGCCGCUAUCAAGAGAUACCUGGAGCUUCUAAAAUCUCACGGUGGUGAAGAAAUGGAAAUUGAAGAAGAAGUAGAUGAUAUCAGCCCUAAGAUCAAGGAGCUGCGCCGUCUAAUCGCCCACGCGAAGGAGACGCCAAUGGGCGAGGAAGCCCAAGUUGUCCUGGUCUCCAAUGCAGACUUCUUUACAGCGCUUCCUAAAAUCCAGCCAUCAUCGAAACGUGAAGGCUUCGCUACCAUCCCCGACACCACCUGGGCGGAUAUUGGCGCUCUGGGCGGCAUUCGUGAUGAACUGUCGACAGCGAUUGUCGAGCCAAUCAAGAAUCCGGAUAUCUACGCCAAUGUCGGCAUUACGGCGCCCACCGGUGUGCUCCUUUGGGGUCCUCCUGGGUGUGGUAAGACCCUGUUGGCCAAGGCCGUGGCCAACGAGUCGCGCGCCAACUUUAUCAGCGUCAAGGGUCCCGAGUUGCUCAACAAGUACGUCGGUGAAUCGGAGCGUGCCGUGCGGCAGGUGUUCGUGCGCGCGCGCUCGUCCAUCCCCUGUGUCAUUUUCUUCGACGAGCUCGACGCUCUGGUUCCUCGACGAGACGAUACGCUGUCCGAAGCCUCGGCCCGCGUCGUCAACACCCUGCUCACCGAGCUGGAUGGCCUCGGCAGCAAUCGCCAGGGCAUCUACGUUAUCGCGGCCACCAACCGGCCGGAUAUCAUUGACCCGGCGAUGCUGCGUCCAGGCCGUCUGGAAACCCUGCUCUUCGUGGCCCUCCCCGAUAAAUCUGAGCGUGUCGAAAUCCUGAAGACCCUGGUCCGCAACCUGCCCAUCGAGUUCAACGAGGAUCUCGAACGACUGGCGGUGGAGUGCGAAGGGUACAGCGGUGCUGACCUGGGAAGUUUGCUGCGUCGGGCUGGUUACUCGGCCAUCAAGAGGCGGGAUACCAUCGCCAUCCAGGACUUCGUGGCUGCGAAGGAGUUCAUUCGACCGAGUGUGACGGAUCUGAAGAAGUACGAAAAACUGCAAAAGGACUGGGGUGGAGGUCCUCCCCGCAAACUGUAAAUACCAUAGAUUUCCUAUUUAUCCUUGCUCUUUCUUAUACUCCCAUCAUAUAUACCCCGCCCUAUCUAUAUAGAUGAGAUCGCGACUUCGCAGUGUCCUUUCUCGCAUAGAUUAGUGUGUUUUUGGAAGAGAACUUUACACUACAUAGCCGCCAAAGAGAGUUGUAAACGAGGAAGAAAUAAAGAAUUAUGGGGCGAGAACUUUUUAAUGGAUAUCUAACAGUAACAUUCAUACACACCAAACGCCCCAUGUAGAUAGAUAUGGCAAGAACAUAGAGACAGGAAAGAGAUUUUGUAAUUACAUCCACAAGCGGCAAGUUCCAUCGGCACCCGCACUGACACACCAGGCUUCUCGAGGAUGCCAAUCGAUAUCCAACACACCCAGUUCCCCGGUGAUCUUAUGGCCCUUCAGCACCUUGAGGGGUACGAUACUGGCAUUGCUGAGCAUGUCACCUGUGACGCUGCCGUGGAAGAUCUGAAGGGAGCCAUCGUCACUGGCAUCGGCGAAAAGAGGGUACCGGCCACCGGGGUGGAAACGCACGGAACGGAUGGCCUUGCGGUGGUACCGCAGAGUCUUGUAAGGACGCUGCGACAGCUCGAGAUCAUGCCACAGAAGACGUCGAUCGUACGAUCCAACAAUGAGGUUGUCGCCGCCAGAGGCGGUAGAAGAAGUCGGAUGAAUGUCGAAGGAAGAGAUCCAGCGGGCACCGGGUUGGAUAAUCUUGACAAGGAGCUGUCGCGAGAGGUCGUAUGCGCGAAUGGUCCGCUGGUUGGCAACAAAGAGGAUCGGCUUCGAAGGGUGGAAGUGAGCCGUCUGUGGAGGACCACCACCCUUGAUGCGUCGGCGGAAGGGGAACUGGGUCAUAUGCUUAGAGAGUGUGUGAAUGGAAAUCGCCACGGAAGCCGGAGUGGAAGAUCCGGGGCACACAGUGACGAAGUAGUCACCGCGGCGAUGCCAGGAGAUAGAUUUGACCACAUAGCGAAGAGGAAUAACCGCACAGAUACCGGAAUCUGCAAGGGAAGCCGAGGGGCGGAUCCAUUGCGGAGGAGUGUUCUUCUUGUUUUCCUCGGCAACGCUUGGAGGAGGCCUCGUGGCCGCAAAGCCCCAGCCGGCAUCCAGGAUAUCCAAACUGGCUUGUUCGAUUUCAGGGUCGACAAUCGGAGGCACCGCAAGGAAGAUAUCGUCACCGGCUGCGGCCGCAAGCACCACGGCGUCCUUUCCAGGUCUCCAGCGAACCACAUUGACAGGUUCCUCAUCACCAAUCUUAACGCUCCAGAGUUGACGGCCGGUCAGAAGCUCCCAGACUCGGACAGUUCCAUCGUCACCACCAGUAGCAAGCCACACACCCGUGGGGUCCACAGCCAGGGAACGAACACGGCCCUUAUGCCCCCGGAACACUGUGGCGCAAGCGGUAGGGAACGGCUUCAGUUCUUCAGGGCUAGGAAGUUUAGGGAGAAGGCUUUCAGGGUCGAUGUUCAAUUUGCUCCUCCGAACCCGAGGAGCCAGGUAAAGAUCCAAGCAACGCUCGAAUUUCUCCUUAACAAAAGACUCGUACCCAGGAACCUUUCGAAGAGAGCCAAAAUCAUUGGGAAGGAAUUCGCGCUCCCGAUCUUCCGGAUCCGCCUCCUCCCAGGCUUUCCGUUCUUUCUUGUCGGGCAAAUAUUCGGCAGGGGGGUGGUAACUCUCCUCAUAGCCCGGUGGCGGAAGUUUAGGAGCAGGUGCAUUCAUAGGAUGAUCCGGGCGUUCUGCUUCAUCCUCCCACAAAUCGUAUUUAAUGAUGUCUUGAUCAGCCUCAUCUUCUUCAGUCGGAGGCUUGAAGGGCAAGAUACGUCCUUCUCUAAUGGCCUUCACGAUUUUCAUGACCCGCUUAGCUUCGUGUUUGGAUGGCACGAAUCGACGCUUCGGUUCCGGCGCAGCGCUCAGAGGCAUGAUCUCCUCCUUGUUGGAGAACCAUUCCAUCAGUGGUUCGUAGGGGUUGAAUUCAUCAUCCGGGACUUCGUUCAUCUGGACCUUGCGCAACAGCUCCAGCUCAUCCUGACUCAAUUCCAGGGGUUUACCCGUCGAAGGAUCCGUCAAACCAGUCCAGCCCUUGGGCAUCUCAAUGCUGUCAAGUAGUGCGUCAAGAGCCUCUCCCUUGGCGGGACGCAGAAUCUUCUUUCCAUUGAUAUCGUAACCGAUAUGAGGGUACGAAUCGUAGAACGACAGGGGAAUGUUACCGAUGGUGUUGGCGUUUUCGUCGGCAUCGGAGUACUCUGAGUUGUCAUCGGGAUUGAUCUCGUCAUACAGAAAGCGAUCAUUCCCAUUGGCGUCCUUCUCAAUGCGAAAGUUCGGUUGUUCUUCGUCGGAGCUCUCAUCGUCUUCCGCUGGUUUGCUGGCUUUUGUUUCGGCGAGCUCUUCUCCAUCUGAGGGAAUCUCGUCACUGUCCAGCUCCUCCUCAUCAUCAUCUUCGUCACUGAACUCGUCCACCAAUUCAACCUCCGAAUCAUCUUCAUCGCUCGACAGGUCGUUGGCAUCAAGUGCGCCGUCCAGGCCAUCUCCGUUUAACUCAUCGCCUGAAAAGACACCUGGUUCCUCCUCGACAUCGCGAGUGACUGCCUUGCGUUUUUUCGAAGCCUUAAGAGCAGGCAUAGUGGAGGAAUGACACCGAGUCCUGCGUGAAUCUGUUUAGUCUUUCGUCUUCUUUUUCCUGUCCGGAACUUUUUUUUUUUUUUUACCUUUUGGGACUACCCGAUGAACACACCGCCCACGUGACACACCGCCCGCGG